GAAGGACCAAUCACAGCUCAGGAUCUGGGAGGGGCUGGUUUGUUGACAGGAAGCGUGUGAAGCGGAAUCACUACAACCUCUCUGUUCUUGUAGUUUAGCCUGACAAACAGAGGAUUUCUCAUUCGUUUAUCCCCUCGUUGGUGUGUGGGCUUAAAUUAUGCGUUGUAAGAUCGAACCGGGGCAAAGAUGCAAUGGAGGUCAAUAGUAGUUGGUCUAGUCGUACUGAGACUCUCCCUCAGCUGUGUAUUGUGGCUAGCCUUCGGACUGGGAACUAACGUUAGCUGGGGGUUCAACUUCCAUCUCAGUUUCAAUUUGCACAAAUUAGACUUGUUAUUCAGGGACGAAAAAGGGACCGACCCGAGGGGUAACUCGUGGUCUCAGCGAGCACAUGGCCACAAAUAUGAAGAGACGGCGACCACCUGUGCAAAGGUUGGAGAGGAGUCACACAAGAGAUCCUACCUGAGCUUCUUCGAUGGCAACAAAGACGAGUACGUCCGGAGGUACAGCUCCUUUCCCGACACGCUGAAAGCGAAAAUGAAGGACAUGGCCAAAGAAAUGUUCUAUUUCGGAUAUGACAAUUAUAUGAAAUAUGCCUUUCCCGAGGACGAGCUGAAUCCCAUUGACUGUGAAGGCAGGGGGCCAGACGUACUUAACCCGUCAAACAUCAACAUAAACGACGUCUUGGGGAACUACUCCCUUACAUUGAUUGACACCUUAGACACUCUGUUGGUGCUCGGCAAUGUGACAGAGUUCCAGAGAGCCGUCAAGCUGGUUAUAGAUACUGUAUCUUUUGACAAGGACUCAACUGUGCAAGUUUUUGAGGCAAACAUCAGGAUCUUGGGAAGCCUUAUCUCAGCUCACAUCCUGCUGACUGACCCAAAACAUCCAUUUGGCAAGGUGGGCUUUGAGGGUUACGACAAUGAGCUGCUUCACUUGGCUCAUGACCUGGCUGUCCGCUUACUGCCGGCCUUCGAGAACACCAGCACAGGCAUUCCUUACCCCAGGGUGAACCUGAAGACUGGCGUCCCUCCUGAUAGCAUCAAUGAGACUUGUACUGCAGGAGCUGGGUCCCUACUGGUGGAGUUUGGCAUUUUGAGCCGCUUGAUUGGUGAUUCAACAUUUGAGUGGGUAGCCAGACGAGCUGUCAGAGCUCUGUGGAACCUGAGGAGCAAUCAGACUGGUCUGUUAGGGAAUGUAGUUAAUAUCCAAACAGGCCAGUGGGUUGGCAAGCAGAGUGGUCUUGGAGCUGGUAUGGACUCUUUCUAUGAGUAUUUGCUAAAAUCAUACAUCCUCUUUGGUGAAAAAGAGGACUACAGGAUGUUUGAAGCUGCUUAUGAGAGCAUACAGAACCACCUGAGGAGAGGGAGAGAGUCCUGUAAUGAAGGAGAGGGUGACCCACCUCUCUAUGUUAAUGUGAACAUGUUCAGUGGUGAGAUCAUGAACACCUGGAUUGACUCCCUUCAGGCCUUCUUUCCCGGGCUCCAGGUGCUGAAUGGUGAUGUAGAUAACGCCAUUUGCCUGCAUGCCUUUUACUAUGCCAUCUGGAAGCGCUUUGGGGCUUUGCCAGAGAGAUACAACUGGCAGCUGCAGGCUCCUGAUGUGCUCUUCUACCCGUUAAGACCAGAGUUGGUAGAGUCAACCUAUCUGCUGUACCAGGCGACCAAAAAUCCUUUCUAUUUGCAUGUUGGAAUGGAUAUUCUUCAGAGCCUUGAGAAAAAUGCCAAAGUCAGAUGUGGGUACGCCACUCUCCACCACGUCGUGGACAAAUCCAAAGAGGAUCGCAUGGAGAGCUUCUUCCUCAGUGAGACCUGCAAAUACCUUUACCUGCUGUUUGAUGAGGACAACCCACUUCACAAAUCCGAUAACAAGUACAUCUUCACUACAGAGGGCCACGUUGUGCCUAUAGACAAGCGCUUCAGGGAGAAGCAGUGGAAUGACCUUUUUCCAUGUAAACAAGGAGCGCUGGCAGAAAGAGAGCCAAGCAACCGGCCACCUCCUAGCAACAUCAGCAAUUGUAACAGGAUUCCAGAUGAGCGACGGUACACUCUGCCAUUAAAGAGUGUCUACAUGAGGCAGAUCGAUCAUAUGGUGGGACUUUUCUGAGUAAGACGACGCAUGUGGGGACACUGGCAUGAACCGGCCUUCAGUACACCUCCUGAGGUUGAAGAUGCAGUGAGGUUAGAAGAGAUCCACGGUUGGUCAAAAUCCUCAUCCCUUCAUUUCCGCUGCUCAGGAUCCAGACAGGAAACUGACACUAAAGGAAACAUGAGAAAGCAGUUUGAUUACUUGCUGUCUUCAUUAAAAAUGUGUAUGGGCGCUUUCGCUCUUGGUGCACAAGCAUGUAGUGAGCAAAGGUGAACAACUUCAUUACUUUUGGGCUGGUGGUGAAUUGAGAUUGUGGUUUUAGAAUAACUGGUAUGUUUCUGUGGAGCAAAUAAUGUUCAGGUGAGUGUUCAGGUAUGAGUGUGUAUUCAUUGUGUGUAUGUGUUGAAAUUACAGCUAAGCUGUGAAUCAUAAUAUUGUGUAUAUGGGAACAGUGCCAUCUAGCCACAAACGUGUAAAACGUAUAGCCUAUAAAAACUCACCUCUAAAAUUUUUUCUCUAAACAUGAUUAGUGCCUCUUUGCAGUUGAUUCACUUGACUAGAUCAGUGCUUUUACAUAAGGGCUGCACAUUAACAGACAAUAACAGGUAAUGACUUAUGCACACACACUGUAAAACCCUGCUUCUUGUGAGCUUGUAACAUGUUUUAGAUUGUGCCUGUAGGAACUUUGUUGGUCUUUUGUAUGCCUGAGGCUGGUUUUCCAAAGUGUUGAAACAGUCGUCAUAUCUCUCUCACUCUACAUAAUUAGCUUUUUCUUCUGUUUCUUGAACACAAUUAACCAUAUUGCAACAAUUUUAGAAAGGCUUCUGUCUUGCUUUUGUUUUGCACAUUUGCCAAGUAAAACUUAACAGGGAGUAACAGUCAACACGAACCCAAACUGCUUCCUCCUGUUCACUGUUAACACAUUUCCCAUAUUGACAAAAACUGAAGUGUUCAUCUCUCAGGCUUCUAGUUACUCAAUGUCUUACAAAGGGCAAACAGAUGUGCCAUGACUGUAUGUGAGAGAGAGAGGUUCGGGAUGACUUUUGCUGUUUUUAAGUGCCUUCAAAUUGUCUUGGUCUUACUGGAUGGUGUACAGUGCAUAUUAGUUGUGGUUAACAUUAUUGAGUAUUUUUUUUUGAGGCCACUGUUGAUAUUGCACAUUAGGUGUCAUUCCAUGUGUAUGUACAGUUUUACACUGACACACUAUGACAUAAAGCUCCAUUUUUUUUUUUUUUUAGGCAUGAUGAAACAAGCCAUAAAAUGUAUUUUUAAUGUUAAUAAGUGAAAAUGUAUUUUGUUUUCCAUCAUUUUUCUGUCAGACAUAUUUAGAACUCAGACUCUCCUGCAUAGUUUCUGAUUCAUUCUUCUUUAGAGUAGAUGGAGGUUAUCAUUUGCUGUUCGUCUUUCACAUAAUUGCACAUCAUAUCUGUUAAUUGUCUUGUGGUGAGAACUCAGGGUUUAAAGGAAAAACAAAAAUCAAUGAAUGCUUUCGUAAAAAACUAAACUUUCUUGAAAGGUUGUUGCAUACAGUGUCUUAGGAUAACCUUAGGUAUUUAUAUUUCAAGUGUUACAACUUGUUUUUCUGAGGUUGAAGAAUAACCGCACUGAACCGAAAUACAGUUGUACUGUGACUAUUCAUUAUUGUCCCAAACACACAGAAAAAGAAAUGCUGUCUCCUUAACUAUGAUGUUUGAUUCAUGAAUGGCUGAGGUUUACUUUCUGACUGGUUCAUCUUUUACCAAACACCCUCAGUGUCUGUAAAGCUCAGCAGAGACUUGGGCUGCAUGGCUCAAUGACAUCACUUCACUGGCCUCCUCUUUGGCUUUGGGAGACAGCUGUUCAUUUCCCAAGUGUUGUUUAAACUGUUACAGGCGAUGGCAAUGACAUUUCUGAGUUUUCAAAUUGGCUGACAUCACACCACCCACUUUGUCUCAGAUUAUAGUUCAACUUUUUUGGGAAAUAUGCUUAUUGACUUUCUUUCUGAGACUUAGAUGAGAAGAUCGAUAACAGUUGAUACCAUUAUGUGGCCCAUUUCAGAAAAGCAGUUUGUGAGCACGGUGUGCAUGCUGAUUGCGGUGGCAACAUCAUGUGGCAACAUUAUGUUUCACAACUGUUUGUUGCUCAGAAAUUGCAGAUAAAAGUCCUGCAGGGCUCUCACACGCUCAUGCAAAGGCGUUAGUUUUGAUUAGUAAAACACAAAAUAAUUUACUGAAGAGGAUAUUAUAUCAUGUCGCAAAUCACAGCUUGCAUUUUGUGAAUUUGGUGCAAAAUUAUGUGCUGGACUAUUUCUUUUGUGGGCACAUAUCAAACAAAUGAGAUAACAUAUUACUUUGUGAGCUUUAGAGGUGCUAGCUGAUGGAUUUGGAUAUUUGGACAGAGCCAGGCAUGCUGUUUACCGUAUUUCAUAUUUACUUUACAGACAUUAAAGUAAUAUUGAUUGUCUCAUCUAACUCUUGGCAAGAAUGCAAAUAAGUGUAUUUCGAAAAAGGUGAAACUAUUCCUUUAAUCUGUUUUAAAAUAAAGAAAUUAAUAAAUGACAGAAUAUGAACAAGAUGUUGCUGGAUUGCUCUUUAUUUGUGAAAAAUGGAAAAGUACUCAGUUUUCUAGAGAAGCUUUAAUAGGUUUAGUCAAGGUUUACAGUUAUUGGUUUCCGUACAGGAUAGUUGGCUUAAAGGCCUGUAGCAUCAGUUAACUCUUAGACAAGAAUUUAUAAGUUGAAGUAUAUUACAUCUACCAUUCAACAGUGUUUACAGAUCAACAUGGUAUCACCACACUUCCUGAACUGUCCAAUAGAAAUCAUUUUGAUUAUUUACAACGGCCUUUCAACUAUUGCAAAAAGGUACAUUUUCUAACACCUCCGUUAAAAACUCAAAUUUGUUACCUGCUUGAAUUGUGUUUUAAACUGCUCUGUAGUGUUCUAGUGACAAGUUCUUUUUAAAUCUCUAACCGAGGUUGAAGUGCGUUUGCAGGUGGUGAGGCCAUCUUGUUUUUGGCGGUACACUGACCAGAUACUGGAGCACAGAGACAAUGCAUUAGCCUGAAAUCUAUUCACAUUAGUACAUGUGAGAAGAAAUCACUUUAUGCUGACAGAAGCUUUUGAUGUCUUAACUACAGAUUGCAUACCCCUCCAAAGACAAGUUCAGGAGACUCAAGAGAAAAGUAAGCUUGACUAAAAAUCAACUCAUCUGAAAUCUGAACAGGAUUUUCUGACUUAAGAGCUGUCUUUUGGUCUCAGUUGACGUGAAGUCUUUGGUCAAAGCUACAACUCAGUUUUGAACACAACAUAUUGAUUUUUAGUUUUGCGUUCGCCUUUUUGAGAAUGGCUAUUUUAGGGGACAGUUACUCAUCUUGGGUCCUCAGGUUUAAUCGAGGAGGGAUUUGUGGAAUUUGACAGGGCUACAACAGCACCCUGUAAAAAACAGAAAGAAAUUCACAUUGGUUAGCUGGUCCAACAGUGAGUUUGAAUUAACAAUACUGUGCAAAUUUCGCUCACCCUCAUUGGGUUCCUCAGCAUGACUCUUAGAAGAGACCACAAUCUUUCAGAUUUUCUUUGAUGAUGAUGUCAGUUACGGCAUCAAACACAAACUUGACGUUCUCUGUGUCUGUGGCACAGGUCAUGUGAGAGUAGAUUUCUUUGAUGUCUCGGCGCAUGUUCAGGUCCAAAAACUGCACUUUGAUGUAGUUACCAGCAUCCUCAUAGGUAUUGGGCCCUUAAUGAAAAGAUAUCAAGAUAAAUGGGCAUAUUUAAUUGGUUGUAUAUUUCUUAAGAUUUAAAAUCUGCUGUAAUUUAUGUACAGCGGGACCUUACCGUCGUACUCGGGGAAGCACAUGCUGAGAUGAGCUUUCUUGAUCUUCUCGAGGAACACAUCUUUCUUGUUGAGGAAGAGUACAAUAGAGGUGGUGGCGAAGUAGCGGUGGUUGCAGAUACUGUUGAACAAGUGCAGACUCUCGUGCAUUCGAUUCUGAAUGGAAAAUGAUUUUAUUCACCAAGUCCCAAUGAAGAGCCUUUCAAAUAAACAAACUUUUGAGCGUCCAAAAAGGAUAAGACACAAAUUGUAUUUCAUAUCAAGUGUGUAAUAUAGCUGUGAACAUACCAC